CGAUGGCCAAGAAGAAGAGUUCCAAGCUGCGGCAGCGCGCCGCAGAGGAGCGCAAGCAGGAAGAGCAGGUGCUAUCACGACGCAAGGGCGCCGCCACUCAGGAUGAGGCCCAAAAUCCCUUUGAGCUGCAGCAGCAGCGCCGGAAGCAUGACGUGUUGGGCCAGAAGGUCAAGGGUGAGCGCGGCAACAAGGCGCGUGCACGGGACGCCGCCAUCAAGUCACGUGAAAAGUCCCUGCUCGUUGAGUACCGACAGCGUCACAAGGAUAGUCGCUUCACUGACAAGCGCUUUGGCGAGUACAACACGGGUAUGAGCGUGGAGGAAAAAAUGCUGGCCCGUUUUGCUGCCGAGCAGCGCAAGAAGCACUCCCGGUCCAGCGUCUUCAAUCUCGAUGAUGAUGAUGAGGAUGCGGAAGAGUUACUCCUCACCCACAACAAUCGUCCGCUCUCCGAGGCCAUGGACAGUUACAUUCCCUCCGAUGAGGAAAUGGACGAGGAUGCCCAAGACUUUGGCGCGCGUGCCACCAACGCUGACAUGGUCUCUCGCUUUCACUUUGGUGGUGGCGACGCUGGUGACGAGGAGGAGCAGGAUGACGGCCAGCCUCAACGCAAGCGCACGCAUCGCGAGAUCAUGGCUGAAGUGAUUGCCAAGUCCAAGUCGUACAAACAUGAGCGACAGCGACAACAGCAGGAAACCGAGGACAUGACCAAUGCCGUGGAUGAUCAACUGAAUGACAUUUUGGGCCUGGUCUUUGGUGAAUCCAACCGUGCAGAGCAGGAAGGGCGGGUGCUGGCCGCACCGGCUGACUCGACUUACGAUACAGCCAUUGUGCAAUUGGCGGCUGACAACAAGGCCCGUGCCACGGAUCGUCUGAAGACGCCCCAGGAGGAGGCCGAAGAAGCACGUGAACGCCUCGAACGCCUUGAAGCCCAGCGGCAAGCACGGUUGCGAGGCGAGGAUCCUGAGGCAGAGCAGUCGAGCAACCUGAAGUCAUCCUCCGAGUACGUGGGUGCCGGUGAUGACAGCGACGCAGAGGAAGACGGAGCUGGACUUGAGCUGCUGCCGAUGGGCGAUGGAACUGCAAAGCUGGUGUCCAAGUCUGGCCAAGCGGUUGACUUGAACAGCUCUGCCAAGCCGGGAUCCGGCGUUGCUGAUGACGAUGACGAAGAGGCUAGUGACGACGAGGAUGACGAGGAAGCUGAAUUGGACGACAGCGACGCAGCGGACGCCUCCGAAGAUGAGUUUGGUUUGGAACCUGAUUUUGGCGCCUCGACAUCCGGAGCCCCUGAACAUGAAUCUGACGCAGAGGAGGACUUUGAGGUUCCCUUUGUUUUCAAGCCUGUGAGCUCAGCUGAGGACAUGAUGACCUUGCUCGAGGCCUAUCCCAUCAGCAAGCGUCGCAUUCUUCUUGAGCGUCUCAUUGCUUGCCACAACGUACAUCUGGCUGCUGCAAACCGUGCCAUCCAGGAGACGCAUUUUAUGGCUCUCUGGCAAUGCGUGGGCCAAUCGAUCCAACAGGGCGAGGCGCUGAGCGCCCUUGAGCCCCUGAUUUGGUCGUUAUAUACCCUCAUGCUUCAAGUCAAGGCCGCGGCGGCGACAACAGCCCGCAAUCGCAUCUUUGAGCUCCACGAAAAGACUCGUGGCGGAAGCUGGCCUUCCUUUCCCAAGCUGCGCCACCUUAUCUACUUUCAGAUUGUCCCAGAGCUGUUUCCAGCCUCGGAUCGUUGGCAUGCGGUGGCUACCCCAGCCUUGUUGGCGGCCAUGCAUUUGUUGACCAACUGCAACGUGGCCAACAUGCGCAACAUGGCUGCUGGCCUUUAUCUGUGCAGUUGCGCCUAUGUUUACGUACAAGAGAGCCAUCGCAUUGUCCCUGAGGCGCUCGCCUUUUUGAACAGCUUUCUGCAGUGCUGCACCGCAGCUCCCAGCGAGGCUGGCUCGCGCCUACUUCUGCCCGCGUUUUCCCUUCUCAAGCCUGCUCAGCGCAAGAGCCUCCGAUGCACCCCUGCGUCAUGGAAAGGACUCAAACCGGCUGCCAUGCCAUUGGAGCGUCUGGAGGCUGGUUUCAAGGGCUGUGCGCUCGAGCAAGUCAAGCUCGACUUGGUUGCCUUGGCCCUUCAACUCACACAUAAAUUUGCUCGCCUCUACCAAACACAUGCAGCCAUGCCCGAGAGUCUGGCAUGCGCUCAGGCCGCUGCGCGGCAGUUGGAGCAGGUGCCAUGCCUCAAGGCCAUUUGCACGCCGUUGGUAGAGUUGUUCGACGCUUGCGCGGGCAUGCGCGAUGCCGUUCGCUUUCAGGCGCACAAGCCCGUGCCUUUGGAGAUGCUAGAACCCGAUUACAACGCUCAUGGAUUCGGCAAACGCUCGGAUCAAGACCAGACGGAUCGUGAAAACGAACGCCUCCGCCGGGAACUGCGCAAGGAGCGUAAGGGUGCAGUACGCGAGCUUCGCAAGGAUGCGCGCUUCCUGUCCAAGGUCAAGCUGAAUGACAUCAUUGAGAAUGAUCGUGACCGUAACCAGAGGCUCAAGUCGGCGUUUGCCACGCUACAGAGCGACCAAGCCGACUUUAACAAACGUGAUGCGCAAAAACGUUGAUGGUGAAAGACCCCUCAGCCACUUCCUGAUUCGAACCCUAGAUGCAUAUGUUCAUCCCUUAAUCGGCCCCUCAUCCUUCUUUUUUAAUUGACUGCUGAGCAUGU